UCAGUGACGGUCGUUGAUUGGCUCUCCGCCGUAUCCGGUGGGGCAGCGGUCCAGGGCUCGGGAAAAAAGAUCGAAGCGAGCACAAGCUGCUAACGGUUACAGCUUCGACAAAUAUCAGCCGUCCCGAGUCACCGUCAAAGGGCUCGGUAGGAUUUUACCCCAAUCUUGUUAGAGGUCAUAGAGCAAGGUUGCGGUUGUCGUCAUGGCUUCUGGAAGCACGAGCAGCGAAGAGGAGCGGAGCCUGAGGGAGUGUGAGCAGUAUGUGCAGAAACACAACAUUCAACAGCUGCUGAAGGACUGCAUUGUCCAGCUGUGCACCUCCAGGCCUGACCGGCCCAUGGCCUUCGUCAGGGAGUACUUUGAGAGGCUUGAGAAGGAGGAAGCAAAGCAGAUCCAAAACCAGCAGAAGGCUAGCAGUUCACGUUCGGACUCCCGCGAUGAAGAGGUUUCGCCGCCUAUGAACCCCGUAGUGAAAGGUCGCCGGCGGAGGGGAGCCUUUAGCGCUGAGGUUUACACUGAAGAGGAUGCCGCGUCCUACGUCAGAAAGGUAACCCACACACACAUGCUAAGUCACAUGAUUGAAGCGGUUCCUUCAUUCCAAAGUGGUGUGCUGUUUACUCAGGUCAUUCCGAAGGACUACAAGACGAUGGCAGCCUUAGCCAAAGCUAUCGAAAAGAAUGUGCUCUUUUCCCAUCUGGAUGACAAUGAGAGGAGUGACAUAUUUGAUGCCAUGUUUCCUGUCACCUACAUUGCUGGGGAGACCGUUAUUUUGCAGGGUGACGAGGGUGACAAUUUUUACGUUAUUGACCAAGGAGAGAUGGAUGUGUACGUGAACAACGAAUGGGUGACCAGCAUCGGCGAAGGCGGAAGUUUCGGCGAGCUGGCACUGAUAUACGGCACCCCAAGGGCUGCCACCGUUAGAGCCAAGACCAAUGUCAAGCUGUGGGGUAUUGACAGAGACAGCUACAGGAGAAUACUCAUGGGAAGCACUUUGAGGAAGAGGAAGAUGUAUGAGGAAUUCCUCCGGAAAGUAUCCAUCUUAGAGUCCCUGGACAAGUGGGAGCGCCUAACUGUCGCCGACGCACUGGAGCCGGUUCAGUUUGAGGACGGCCAGAAGAUUGUGGUACAGGGUGAACCCGGUGAUGAGUUCUUCAUCAUUUUAGAGGGGUCUGCUGCCGUCCUGCAGCGUCGCUCAGAGAACGAGGAGUUUGUUGAAGUGGGAAGAUUAGGACCAUCUGACUAUUUCGGUGAGAUUGCUCUGUUGAUGAACCGCCCCCGCGCUGCCACCGUAGUGGCCCGCGGCCCCCUGAAGUGCGUCAAACUGGACCGGCCUCGCUUCGAGCGUGUCCUGGGCCCGUGUUCAGACAUCCUCAAACGCAACAUCCAACAGUACAACAGCUUCGUCUCGCUGUCGGUCUGAACGAGCUCGCGUAUUCCCUCCACCCUACCCCUCUUUUGCUCCUUUUAUUCCCAAGAUCCACCGACGCAAUUUGCUUUCCUUCCUUUCCCCUCUUAUCCCCUUUUUCUUAAUUUCCCUUUUUUUCUUUCGUGGUUCCCACCCACCCGUCGCCCAGAGGUGACUUUUAGCCGUUCACCAGCGCUUGUACCAGCUGCUGUAACGUUACCGAGUAGGCACAGUCGCAUCACGCUUACCUAUGUUAUAUCCGCUGGUUCCGCUUAAUUUUUGGGGAAGAACGCAUAGCUAGAUUUGUUAGGAGAUCUGGGCUCUCAAAGACAGGACAAUCAAAAAACCUCACAUUGCAAAUUUGAUCCAGACGGAUGUUUCUAGACUUGUUCGAGUCACUGUUACACUCAGCAGAAGCUCAUGAUUUGCACCAAACGUUGUCAGUUCGACGUGACGGCUCCUUUUAGGAACUUUUUGCUUUUCCAUCAGUAAGAUGCGAGAAUAGCGCGACCUCUAAAAGUUGAGUUUCUGUGUGCAGCUUCCGGGCUGGUGCCAAAUGUUUAUUAUUAUUUCAGAUGAAAUGUUACCUUCGUUCCUGAACCCUAAACAUUUUUUCUUCCCACACCCUUUUUGUCCUAAUUAGUAGAAAUCCUCUUCAAGAUUUGCCUUGAUGGGGAAAAAAAUAAACAAAAUAUCUAAAGGGGGAACAAACCCGAAAGUAUUGUGUAUUUUUCAGUAUUGAGUUUUCGAGUAUAUCCACCAAAUAACUUGGUCACUUAUGCUAUGGUUUGUAAUCAAAAUGUUCUAGUUCAAUGAUUGACUCAAUGACUAUUAUUCUUAUUAAAUUUAUGGUUAAGGUGAUAGUAAUCUUGAAAAAAACAUUCUCUUUGUCUUUUGUAAACACUUAUUUUUCCAUGAAUUCUAUUUUAGCUGUCCAGUGCCACAAAGUAAAUGCUUCUUGUCAAUUGACACAACAGUAUGUAAUUGUAUUGUGUAAUAAUACGUUCAGACUUAUCCCCCCGCCCCCCACCUAGAGGUAACGAAACCUAUUUCAGGACAAAAGUAUUUAUGUAUCGAGAGCGAGUUAUUUAUUUAAAACUUUCGCUUUUUUGCCUACUGGAAACUGCGCUUGUGAUUUGUUCUUUCUGCGCUUUUUCGGCAUGAUGUUACACAUCGACGACUCGACAGCAGCUUUGUUAAAAAAAAAAAAAAAGUGACAAUUUUAAUGAAUAUUUAAUUUGUUACGUCACAACUCUACCAUUGAAGUGAUUUCAGCCUAACUUCAUGAUUUUUAUGCUGAUUUGCAGUGUAGUCAGGAGUGAUCAUUAGACGACGUGUUGCCCACCCGCUCAAUCACUUCUUCUCCAUCCCGCUCCACUGGUAAAAGAUAAAUCGAUUCAGGACGAAGGGUUUUGGCGGACUUCCGUCUCAGUGUAAAUAGCAGCAACAUCAGCGAUCGGAUUUCAAUGUUUUAGCCACACUUGCAAUCGUCCCGGUUUGCCUUAGCUGAACUUUUCCUGGGCUUACAGUAGUCGUCAGUCACUCACCGCGGGUUCAGGCCUACAAAGUGGUCGGUGUGGGCCUGUAUUGCGCUAAGCCGCAGGCGAUCAGAGGACCAUUCUUUUUCUAUUCUUCCCUGUAUUCAGUUUGACCUCUUAUAUGUGCAAAGAUGUUUAUCCUUUUUGGUAUAGAUUGUUCCAGAUGGCAGUUUAAGCAAUAAAAAGGUAAAAAGAAUU